GAUAAGCGCUAAAUCGGUUUCCAAACAGAACUUAUUACGAUUAUACAAUCCCUAAUUUGACAGUUCCGUUCCUCUUUUCAUCUUCGAUUUCAAUCCCGAUCAAAUCGGAGGAUUUCACGGCAUGGCUACGGCCAUCGAAGGCGGAAGCGACGUGGAGGUCGGAUUCGCGAAGCUUCAAGGUGAGGAUUUCGAAUACUUUAUGCAGUCUUACUCCAUUAUGCUCGGCCGUAAUUCUAAGAAAUCGACCGUCGACGUCGACCUCUCAUCCCUCGGCGGCGGGAUGAACAUUUCGCGCAACCACGCUCGGAUAUUCUAUGAUUUCACUAGACGACGCUUCUCUCUCGAGGUCCUUGGUAAAAAUGGCUGCUUCGUUGAAGGUGUCCUCCAUCUCCCUGGGAACCCCAACGUCAAGCUUGACUCGCAGGACCUUUUGCAGAUUGGUGACAAAGAGUUCUACUUCCUCCUACCGGUUCGGAGUAUCUUAGGCGGGCCGUUGGGGCCUAGGCACCACGUCUCGGGCCAGACUAGUGUUGUUCCCUACCAAAAUUAUCAUUCGGGUCCGGGUUCCGGGUCGGGUAAGAAGGGCGGGCGAAGUAGGGAGUUCUAUGAGUAUGAAGAUGAUGAAGACGAUGAUGAUGACGACGAUGAGGAGGAUCUCAGAGGAAGUGGAAAGAAAACAAGGAGAGAUGGAUAUGCUCCCGGAGAGAAGAAGAGAGAGGGAAGAGCAAAGGUAGACCGUGAAGCUGAUGAUCAGCAAGUUUUGCUGCUGGAGGAAAAAGAUGUUGUAUCAUCUGUUGCCACUGUGCUUUCAGACUUGUGUGGUCCGGGAGAGUGGAUGCCUAUGGAAAAACUUCAUUCUGUGAUAUUAAAGGAGUAUGGAAACGUAUGGCAUCACAGUCGAGUAAGAAGAUAUCUGACACAAGAAGACUGGGCGAUCCCUGAAGCAAAGGGUAAACCAUGGUACGGUUUGCUGAUGCUGCUUAGGAAAUAUCCGGAGCAUUUCGUCAUCAACACUAGAUCUAAGGGAAGAGUUACCCUUGAAUUCGUUUCUCUCGUUUCCCUACUCUCAUAAUCAUCGCCAAGAUGAUUAUGCUGCUUUUGUUAGUGCAGGAUGAUAGUUACUUGUUAGUGUAUCUGUUUUCUGUCUUCACGAAAUGAUUCAUGAGUGUAUAAGUGGGGUCAGCGGUUUUGUCCUUGGUGACUCGGAUUCUCUAAUCUUUUUGUUGUUUACAGCUUUUCAACACCUUUUUUCUUUCUUUUCUUGCUGUUUUCUUUUGGAGAGAACUUGUA